CUGCUCUACCUCUCAACACUCCAUGACUCCUUGCUGUGUGAUAAAACAAGUGACGGAUGACCGACUGACCGCCGCCGCGGUGGGUGGAGGACUCAUGAGUCAGGAGAGUCUAUCAAUCACCGCCAAGGUCAAGCAAAUGUCUGUGCAGGUGAACGCACUGUCUGAUGCCUUCAGGCAAAAAGAAAGAAAGAAAGCUGCAGGGCCUCUUCUCAGACCAGAUAAAUUGCAGCAAAUAGGUUACCUUGACGGAGAGACAAGCUGAUUUUCCCACAUGAGCUUGUAGCUUGAGACAAAAAAUUUUAGAUUUUAAGGUAUUACGAAUAACAAACUCACAGGCUUGGGAAGAUUGAGGGGAAUUUCAGCGCUCUUUUCUUUUCUAACAAUAAUCAGACACAAGUACGGAAGUACUUUGAGGUCAGUAAAGGCUAAAAUAAUGACGGCGUCUUUCUCGCACAGUAUUCAAAUCUACAGAACUCGGUCACAGUUUGUCACGUUGCUGAUGUAUUUGAUUCAGAUUUCAUUUGAGGCAGCUGGGCACCAAUGAACACGGAAAUAAAAGUAAAAACUUUUGUGGGGCCUCAAUCCUUUUCCUGAGCUGUGGUCGGCUGUAAUGCACAGCCGCAGAUCCUCACUGAGCUCCCUUUGCUUCAGCCGUUACUCGUCACCACAAAUUGACUGCGGGACGCUUCCCGUUUAUCACCUGCUAUGUCGAUGAAAACAGCUGCUCCCAGUUAAUCGGGGUGGUGGUUAGGAUACUUUAGGUCAGCAAGGACGAUUUGGAAGGUUGUAGAACCUUGGAUUCUCCCACAAACUCAAACCAGUCUGGAAUGGGAAAUUCCAGAAAUUGUUUGUUUGUUGUUUUGUUUUGUUUUUAGCAUAGAUCACCGGUUCAUUGCAGUAUCACAUUUUCACAUAAUUUAAAUAUACUUUGUAGUUAAGUUUAAAGAUUUCUUUAAAUCUAAAUCUGCCAGGGUUAUGAAUUAUUCUGGACGUUGUUGUAUGUGUUAGGCUUAGCUUCAAAUGAAGCUGCUGAACUGACUUUUUCUUUGCAUAUACUUCUGCCUCCAUCUGCUGGUAGAUGAUGGAACUACACAGAAGAAGACGCUGAACAAACACACUGCAAAAAUCAUGGCUCCGAGACCACAGGAGGGGAACGACUCAUCCUCCACCAUGAGUGACAGGUCUAAGGGUAAAGAUAAGGAUAUUCCACCACCUUACUCCACCUUGGACCUGGAGAAUGAGGAGCCUCCUGAGGACGAUCCCUGGGAUCUCCCAGAACUCAAAGACACCGGGAUCAAGUGGUCAGAGCUGGACACACGAGGGAAGAUAAUGAGAGUGCUGACUGCCAUUGUGAAGCUGAUUCUGCUGCUCGGAUUACUCUACCUGUUUAUUUGCUCGCUGGAUGUUCUCAGCUCUGCUUUCCAGCUAGUCGGAGGCAAAGCGGCUGGUGACAUCUUCCAGGACAGCGCUGUGUUGUCCAACCCCGUGGCUGGGCUGGUGAUCGGGGUGUUAGUCACAGUGCUGGUGCAAAGCUCCAGCACCUCCUCGUCUAUUGUGGUCAGCAUGGUGUCUUCUGGAUUGCUGGACGUCAAAUCUGCAGUACCGAUCAUCAUGGGGGCCAACAUCGGCACGUCGGUCACCAACACCAUCGUGGCUGUGAUGCAAGCCGGAGACCGAAAUGAGUUCCGCAGGGCGUUCGCUGGCGCCACCGUCCACGACUUCUUCAAUUGGCUGUCUGUGAUAGUCCUUCUGCCUUUGGAAGCAGCGACGGGCGUCCUCUUCAGACUCACCGACCUCCUGAUCAAGUCCUUCAACAUCGAGUCUGGAGAGGACGCGCCCGAGUUGCUGAAGGUCAUCACGGACCCCCUCACCAGCUCCAUCAUCCAGCUGGACAAAUCGGUGAUCACUGACAUCGCAACUGGCACUGGCGAUGCUAGGAACAAGAGUCUGGUCAAAAGAUGGUGCAAGACAGAGAAAAACACGACUUUCUGGAAUGCCACCGUGGACAGCUGCCCUGCAGGUUACGUCUGUUGGAUGGAGGGAAACCAGACCUGGACUCAGAUGAACCAAACAUGGACCAACUACCUUGAGAGAUGCAAGCACAUCUUCGCCUACGCUGAGUUGCCAGACCUCGCCAUAGGCCUGAUUCUGCUGGCGCUCUCUCUGCUCGUUCUCUGCACCUGUCUCAUCCUCAUCGUCAAGCUGCUCAACUCUAUGCUCAAAGGACAAGUGGCUGUGGUCAUCAAGAAAGUGCUCAACACAGACUUCCCCUUCCCCUUUGGUUGGGUUACUGGCUACAUUGCAAUUUUGGUGGGAGCCGGGAUGACCUUCAUUGUUCAGAGCAGCUCCGUCUUCACAUCGGCUAUAACACCUCUUGUCGGUAUUGGUGUCAUUUCCCUUGAGAGAGCUUACCCGCUGACCCUGGGGUCGAACAUCGGCACAACAACAACCGCCAUACUGGCCGCAAUGGCUAGCACUGGAGAUAAGUUAGGCAACUCGCUGCAGAUUGCACUUUGCCACUUCUUCUUCAACAUCAUGGGUAUCCUCCUGUGGUAUCCAAUCCCCUUCAUGCGGGUGCCCAUCAGAUUAGCCAGAGGCCUCGGGAACAAAACCGCCAAAUACCGCUGGUUUGCAGCUCUCUACCUCUUCCUGUGCUUCUUAGUGUUCCCCCUGGCCGUGUUUGGACUGUCCAUAGCCGGCUGGCAGAUCCUGGUCGGCGUCGGCGUGCCCAUCGCGGCCCUCGCCAUAUUCGUGAUUGUCAUCAACGUGAUGCAGUCGCGAUGCGCCCGCUUCUUGCCCAAGUUCCUUCGCAACUGGGACUUCCUGCCCCGGCCCCUGCACUCCAUGGCGCCGUGGGACAAAGUGAUAACGACCUCCAUGUUCCUCUGUGGCAGACACUGCUGCUGCUGCUGCAAGUGCAGCAGCUGCUGCCGAAAGGACGAAGAGGCGGAGAAGAUCUCCAGGGCCAGCAGGAAGAGCCUGGCGACUUACGACAACCCCGCCAUGUCCAGAGACGAAGAAAAGAUGGAGAGCGAGAGAGCGACGCAGUUCUGAUUUCAUCGCGGGGUUUCCUGUGAGCGGGUGCAAUACUUAAUGCAACUGUAUUCUCGUGACAGAUUUUGCAAUUGUUCAUUCCUUCUCAGGUUGUGGUAAGGUGUUGAUUAUCUAAUGACAAACUGUAAUAUACACUGCCUGUUGCCUUGGAGACUACGGACAAAACUGCCACACAUUUAUUUAAUGUUUCCCAAAUCAAUGUACAUACCGCCUGUCUUCUAUAAGUUCACAUAUAGGUUUCUGUGAAUACAAGCUUUUUUUAUUAUUUGAAAAUUUGUUUCACAUCUGAACAUUUUGGAUUCCAAUGUAGCAUUUUAAAUUCAUUAUUAUUUGCCUAUGCUAACACUCAGUAUUUAAAACUGUGUAAUAUUUGUACAUGUAAAAAAUGGCUAUUUUUAAAGUAC